GCCCCGGUCAGAGCGGCAGUUCCUCGUCGGGAGGCGCUCGGCUCUUGCAGGCAGUGAUGCGUUCAGGGGCUGCUGCUCGUCGCGGGCGCGCCUCGCUGGCGGACGCCUCUUUCCUCUGAUUGUGCCUUUUGUUCAGUCCACAACGGCCAAAAACAAUACAAUUAAAUAAAUAGAGAAAAUAAAUAAUAAAGCGCAUGGCGUCGCCCCCUCCCUUGUCCGCGUCCGCCUGCCUGCUGCUACUGCUUCUCAGCCUGCUGCUGGUGCUGCUGCGGGCGCCGGCGGUGCGCGGCUCGCAGGGCGACAAGGAGCCGGUGUACCGGGACUGCGAGAAGCAGUGUGUCCGAACCAACUGCACCGGCGCACGGCUCAGGGCCUUCCAGUCCGCGCAGCCGCCCUACAUGGCGCUCACAGGAUGGACGUGUCGCGAUGACUGCCGGUACCAGUGCAUGUGGACCACCGUGGGCUUGUACCAGGCCGAAGGGUACAGCGUGCCGCAGUUCCACGGCAAGUGGCCCUUUGUGCGCUUCCUGUGCUUCGAGGAGCCAGCGUCUGCCCUGGCGUCGCUGCUCAACGGCCUGGCCUGCCUCCUGAUGCUGCUGCGCUAUCGCAGUGCCGUGCCCCGCCAGAGCCCCAUGUACCACACAAUCACGGCCUUCUCGCUGGUCAGUGAGCGACCCGCGCACCCCACCGCACCACCAUGCCGCAGUCGCGGUUCAACAGCACUCCCCCCGAUUGCGCGCAGGUGGCCGACUGCACACACACUAGUUGAUGCGUGUGUCUGUAUUCGCUCUUCCCCGGUGGGGUGUGCCUCCCCGAGUGACGGCCCACGGCGGAGCUGUAGAACUGGACGAGAUGACCUGAGAACGUUUGUGUGUCGAACAGCGACGUGUCGUAACGCCUCUUUUCUGUCUCAGGUGUCUCUCAACGCCUGGUUCUGGUCCACAGUGUUCCACACGCGUGACACGUAUCUCACAGAGAAGAUGGACUACUUCUGCGCCUCCACCGUCAUCCUCUACUCCAUCUACCUGUGCUGUGUGAGGACGUUGGGGCUGCGCAGGCCGGGGGUCUCCAGCGUGGUUGGAGUGCUGCUCAUCCUCCUCUUCACCUCCCACGUGUCCUAUCUGACCUUCGUCAGCUUUGACUACGGCUACAACAUGGCGGCCAACGCCUCCAUCGGAAUGAUCAACCUGCUGUGGUGGCUGUGCUGGUGCUGGCAGAACCGGCGCACGUUGCCCUACUGGUGGAAAUGCGGCUCGGUGGUGCUGCUGCUGCACGCCCUGGCCCUCUUGGAGCUCCUCGACUUCCCGCCUCUGCUCUGGGUUCUGGACGCCCACGCCGUGUGGCACCUCAGCACGGUGCCUGUCCACUUCCUUUUCUACAGCUUCUUGAUAGAGGACAGCCUGUACCUGCUGAACACCGAGAAGGCGGGGGUCAAAGUGGACUAGGAGUGAAGCCACAUCCGCCGUCUUUCCCAAAACAGCAGUCAGCACCAGAAGGGCACGGGGUUCGAGCACCACCCUAAACUGCACUUUUUAUUUGCUGUGUAAUGAAUUCCAUAGCUGUAGAUUUGAUCCUUUUUUGGUUGGGAAUUGGUCCAUUUUUUUUUUUUUUGAACAUGAUUUUGUUUUCAUGUUGUUCCGCUUUAUUUUAACAUGCCUGAAUCUUGCUUUCACUGAGCUUUGCCUUGACGGGAUACGAUUGACGGCCCCAGUUAACCACACAGUAAUGACAAGCAGGUUUAAUGUGCAAUGUUGGGCUGUUCACGGUCUGGACACAAAAUCUAGAGGCACAACGGCUCCCCACCCCCCAGCACCGCAGACGGACCUCGGUCUUCGCUUUGUGCCAAAUACAAAGACAGUGAAUUCACAAACCUUAAAAGUGGAUUGCAGUUGUUAUACAAAGACAUAAAUGAUUCUUUAGUGCUGUUAUAGUUCACUAAUUAUUAAAACGAUGGGAGGCAUUAUUUCAUAUAGGUACAUGAUAGCUGUGAUAUCUUUUAAAAAAAUUAAUAGCUGGCGGACUGUUGUCUUGCUGCACUCAGUUAAGGGUUAGUUUCUCUUUUUUUUCCUGGUCACUGAGCCAUUUAAGAUGUGUGUGUGU